CAUGAAUGUUUAAAAUCACACCCCAAGAUCUGCACCGAUCUGUCUUCUCUUGAAUAAUAGAGCUAACCCAGCCAGUCUUCAUAGGGAAAAAAAAGAGCUUCGUACCAGUGAUUUCCCUUGACAGAAGCCAUAAAAAAGAAAACUGCCCAACUCCAAAGUCUGUCAGCUCAAGUUGAACAGAUCGAUUUCAGGACAACAUUUAUUGGAGCAGUGUGGAUUAACGUACCUGAGUUAUACGUAAUAGAGCGAACCAUUAUUGAUAUAGAAAUGUCUCGCUUAAGGGGAUCUCCUUCUAGUUGGUAUUUAGAGUGACAUGCGUAUAACACAGAGGGAUUGAGUCAUUUCAUUCUGAACACGUUCCUAUACAUUACACUUGUUCUGGAGUGUUUUAUUUCCAACUAUCAAGUUAUACUACUCUGAAAGUCUUUUGCCAGGUAACAUAGAGCUACACCAAGCGACACUCGUUCCUUACGGUUACCUAUAGAAUCGCUGAGAAAGACUGAACAAUAACGCGGUGCCGUGAUACCUGUUCUACUGCAAGGUGUCAAUGCUGAGAAACAUCGAUAUAGAUCAGUCGGAUUAAAGACAAUUCAAACAUACAAGCCAAUGAAGCGGAACUGUGACACAAAAUAGAAUACACUCAUCAUUUGGGAAAACAAGCUUAAAUAAUGUUAGGAAUACAUUUAUAUUUGACAAGGACCCAAACUUUGACAUAUCUGAAGUCAAACUAAUGAUAUGACAUUGUCUCAUGAAGUCUAAAGUAAACAUCGGUAUGUCUUGAGACCAAUGCAUUGAAAUGGAUUACAUACCAGGGGGUCCAUUGAUCUGAUGGGCACGAUGGCGAACUAUGAAUCUGAGGGCCCCAAUGUUCCGAAGAUUUUUACCACGGAGUUCAGUGAUGAUCAUGGCGCUGACCUUACAGAAAGCUCUCCUGUUACCCGCCUGCAGUCUGGCAAAGAUGACCUCUCGACCGACGACCAUCUGGCAUCAGCCAAUAAGUUACAGAGCUCAAAGUGUAAGAAAGUAGGACAAUAUCUCCUGGGGCCUACUUUAGGAGAAGGUUCUUAUGGAAAAAUACAUCUGGCAACGCAUCUCAUUUCUAAACAGCAGGUCGCUAUGAAGGUUGUGGCCAAGAAGACUCUCGUCCAGAGGGAGGUGGCGAGGCGCCACUUCAGACGCGAGGCGCUGCUCCUGCAACAGGUCUCCCAUCCCAACGUCGUGAGGCUGUACGAGGCCAUGGAGACGUCCAACUCUUACUAUCUUGUGUUUGAACUGGCUACCGGAGGCUGCAUACUGGAUCUCAUUACUCAGAGAGGCUGUCUUCAAGAGGAAGAGAGUAGACACUAUAUGAGACAAAUAGCCUCCUCCGUGGACCAUCUUCACCGUACGAACAUUGUGCACAGGGAUAUCAAGCUGGAGAAUUUAUUAUUGGAUGGAAAUAAUAACAUUAAAUUAGUUGAUUUUGGACUAAGCGCUGUAUGCCACGACACUGAUCAUCACCUCAGCACUUUGUGUGGCAGCCCUGUGUACGCCGCCCCUGAACUGUUUGCUGGCAGGAAGUACGGCAAAGGAGUUGACUUAUGGGGGAUUGGUGUUUGCUUCUUCGCCAUGUUGACAGGGAAGUUACCAUUUUUACCAGACGAUAAAACGUCACUUCCUCAACUGUAUUCACUGAUACUCAAGGGUGUUACAAUGCCUGUCUUUGUUUCUCAGGACUGCCAACAGCUCUUGGGGAGGCUCCUGGAGCACCAGGAAGGACGUCGGAUCAAUGCCGAAGAGCUCCUGUCACACCAGUGGAUGACCCAGCCUGAAGGUCGACCUGUCAGUCGAGUAGCGACUGUGCCCAAGAGACUUCCCGAAAGCGCCAUCAACACUGCGAUCGUCAAGUACAUGUGCUCUGUGUACGGUUUCAACGAGAAUGACGUCAUCAGUUCGGUGGUUGAGAAAAAGCUGACAGCGGCAGCUGCAACCUACAACAUCUUAAAGGAUGGGGUAGAGAAUGGUCAAAUCACUAUCGCAUUGACCAACCACACUUUAAAUCAGGACACGCCCUCGGCAGUGAAGAAAUUGUCCUCCACUUUGCCCAGACUGGACACAAGAAUCUUGUCUGGAACAUCAAGUGCUACCAACGAGCAUUGGACAGAAAAUGUGACAGAGACAGAAGCGAUGAGCAAUAAUCUCAAAUCUGAAAGUCAGCAGGACCGGAAGUUAUCCGAGACUUAUAAGUCCUGCAUUUUGGUGCUGAAAAGAGCGAGGCAGCAUAUACGACACGGCGACCUUCACCUUGACCCUCACAAUAACGUGGACUACGUGGUGGUUGGGAAGUCUCCCCGCCACUCCCGUGGAAGCAUCCUGUCAUGCCUGUCACCGCACGCGGGUAACGGACACACCACUACCUUGACUCUGCCGCCUAUAGCGGCUAAUCACCUGGCUCUGUCCGGUAACCUUAGGUAUGUCCGAGGCGAAGCGCACGGCAAGAAACAUCAAGUCCACCUUGAUCACCAAGGCGUAUCUCAGUUGGACGUUAAAGGCGUUUCACCAAGCUUAUUUGAUAGGUCUUCCCUAACAAACGCCGGAUCGGUGUCCACAAAUAUAUACGCUUUCAACCAGGGAUACAUCGCAAGUGGAAACCCUCCUCCACCACCACCGCCCUCAACAUUUGGUGACGGCUCUUCACAGAGCAGACAUUCUAGCCAAUCCCAUAGCGACUCGUCCCACAACAACCGGAAGUUAUCUCAUCUUAGCCCACUCAGGGAAACAAAAGACAAUCUAUCUCCCAACUUCCGGGAAAUGGAUGAGAUAACGACCAGUCAAUUAACAGAAAAUGAAUCUAGGAUACAUCGCGAUCCCCUCCGGCCCAGUCUUGCAGCGUUGCGUGACCCCUUCGGUCGAGAUACGUGGCGAAGGUCGCACCACAGUGGACUCGGUAAUGGACUUAUUGUAUCCAAAUCAAACCUACGCAAACCUAAUAUCAAAUCAUCACCCCAGACAGACUCAUCGUCUGGUUAUGUAGAGCAGAGCGGGCUAGUCAAGAGCUUUAAAUGGCGGGAAACGACAAACAAUCCGCCAAUGAAUCAAACAGAAAAUGCUAAUACAGAUUUUCUAUUCGAAGGUUCUUCUGCAGAUUCACCAUUGGUGUUCUCAGAUAUUAAAGCGGGUGACAAGUCCAAUCAGCUGAGCCCGUCUAAAUUUCUUCAACAAUUUCAUAAACUCAACCGACUUCAGGACAUUCGCGACAUGGGCGGAGGAGGCUCUCCUGAUGAAGUGCAUACGAGGCAGGAAACAGACACGCCGCUGAGUCAGUCACAGGAGAAAGAGGAAAUGGACUACCUAACUCCCGUGACCCGUGUCACUGUUACUAUAGGCCGACACUGACAUAAAGGGUUGAAUUUGAAAUAGGAUUGUAAUUCACAGAUAGCUUCAUUAAAAAAGGCGAGGCUACAGGUUUCUUUUGCUGGAGAGAGAGAUGUAUCGAGACCAUCGGAAUAGAAGGCCUGUGCUUUGAAAUGCAUCGUCGCAACCUGUGGGCAGUGGAGACCAAUCGCUCGUUGCCAAGUCGUACAGACCUGUGACGUGGCAACGAGCUAUUGGUCUCCACUGCCCAUAGGUUAAGACGUCGCAGGUCAGUGUUGAGGUCUUCUUUAACGCAUGGUCUCAGAUGUAUAGCCAGAUAAUAAUGACAACAAUGACUUUCGUAGACACACGUUUGAUCUCAUUGGAAGCUUUAUUCAUAGUUGUACAUCUCUUGAUUUAAAAAUAUGGACUGAAAUACAUGAUGUAUUUUAAACAGAUAGUAUUUCUAUUUUUCUCUUCCACACAAUCACCUUACUGAUGAAUGUUUAGAAAAACACAAAAACAGUUGAACAAGUGAGUGACCAAAGAAUUGUGGAUACAUGGACCCAGCUGAAACUAGGAUAUAACUUGUGCUGUUGAGAUAAGAUGUAGCUCUGUCUUUGUGUUACUGCCAUCGUUGAUCAUCACGAGCUACUUCAAACCUUUGAAUAUUGUUUUUAAAUAUUAUACCACAUACUUCUUA